AUGUGUCAGACAGUCCUAGGCAAUUGUUCCAAACAGUUCGGAAGAAGAGUUAGGCUUUCUGUAGUUCAGUCUUUCGUGACCGAAGAAGCGCAUUGCUUGCCGUGGUUCUGCCAAAUGGCAUGCCAACUGGCCGCUGCGUGGUUAUUGCAGAAUGGAACAGGCAGCAUCGCGGAGCCGAAAAAGCAGGAACUGCAAGGGAUUCUUCUUGAAGACUUCGAUCGCCUACUAGGGUUGUCAUCUCCGCGGCCGGCAGCUGUGGAGGAAGAGAUCCAGCUCUUCUUGGCAAGCGGGCGUGCUUCAGAGUCCAACCUUGGCCGCCUUCGACGGAGGGUCGAGGCGAGGCUUGCCGGGAGCAGCAGGUCCGAGAGCAAUUACUCGCACAUUACGGACCGUUCGGUUCAUGCGUCUGGUUGCAUGAGCGCACGAGAAACAUCCUCGAAUCGCGCAUUUCGUGGGGCAGCGACACGGGAGGCUGCAGGCAACUUGGCCAGUCGACCUUUGAGCGCGGUUCCUGAGGACGAGAUGUUGCGCUGGUCUCAGGUGGCGAAACUUGCUGUCAAAGAAGCGCAGCUUGAAGAGGUGCGCAAAAAGCAAGCCAAGAAAGUUGCACAAAAGGAGAUGCAGGACUUCUUGCAACGGCAAAUAGAUCAGAAGACCUCCGCCAAGAUGAAAGCAGCAGAGCACGAACAAAGACUUUUCGAAGUGCAGCAGGCCGAGUUGGAGCGGUGGAGACGCGACCAAUCAGUGCAAGCUGAAGAGCGCCUCCGAAAGGUGCAGCAGGUCGUUCGCGAUCGAGAAGUUCAAUCCGAGGAAGUGUCUCGCAAACGAGAAGCCGAAAGAGAACAAAAGCUUGAAGAGGACCGACGCCUUGUACGACGCGCGGAGCAGGAAAUCGAGUCGGAAAAAAAGGCUGCACAGGCCAAAAGGGAGCUGACAAAGCGUGCCCAGCAAGCCUUGGUUCAGGAAGUUGGAGAGGACCAAGAGAAGCGGAGCCAAGCUCGACAGCGGCGAAUCCAAGAAGAGAAGCACGCGCUGCAAGAGUACGCCGAGCUCUUGGACAAGCAGGAGGCCCGGAAAAAGGAGACGAAACCCAAAAUCCGAGAUCAGGCUCCUGCACUUCCGCCGAGGGUGAAAAAGAAAGGAGAAGAGUUGUACUAUGACCAGGACAUUGUCAUGCGGAUACACAAUGAAGCAGUUGCCCGGGCAGAACAGGCCGACAUGACUAAGCAAGCCAAGUUGAAAAUGGAACGACGGAAGAAUCAGGACUUUCUGUUCCAGCAGAUUGCGGAAAGGGAUCAGCAGAAGAGGCUGAUGCAAGAGCAGAAAGGUGGCUUGAAAGCCGCAGCUCAGGCCGCAGCUGAUGAGCACCGCGCAACAGAAAACAAUAAGAUGUACGAGCGGCGAAAGAAAUACCUGCAGUAUCGAUUGGACCUGGAGGGCCAAAUGAAAUCCAAGCAGACUGCGCAGAAUUCUGUGGAGGACCAAAUGAGCGGAGCAGAGAAAGCCAUGAAUCGCCGGUAUGUCAUUGAGGCCCUCCAGAAGACCUCGGAGGCCAUGCCGCCCAGCAGCACUUCUGAAGCUGCGCAGUAA